AUGGAAGCAGGAGUGCUCGCUGAGACUUACCGCAUCAGAGCGGAGAGUCGGGCAAGAGGGGGGCCACCGGCCAUCGAAGUUAUCGGGCGGGCACAGAGGAUGGCGGCACGGAGGAUGCGGGACCGCUGGAAAUCGAGUCUGGCGGAUGCCCUCUAUGGAAAACGCACCAUAGAGGCCAUUCGCCCGGUACUGGGUCUGUGGUCCCGUCGCAAGCAUGGGGUGCUAUCAUACCGACUGGUGCAGGUAUUAACCAGCCAUGGCUGCUUUGGCCAUUAUCUGUACCGAGUCGCGAGAAGGGAACCAACUCCGACGUGUCAUGAGUGUGGCGCUGUGGAUGACACGGCUCAGCACACCCUAGAAGAAUGCAGUAAAUGGGACACACAGCGCCGCACUCUGGUGGCGGCAAUCGGCGGGGACCUCUCGCUGCCCAGCGUUGUGCUUGCCAUGCUGAGCAGCGAAGCGUCUUGGGACGCUGUGGCCGAUUUCUGCGAAGAGGUCAUCUUGCAGAAGGAGGCUGCGGAGCGGGUGCGCGAAGAAGAUCCAGACGCACAUCCGCUUCGGCGUAGACGGGGGGGAAGAAGACGGCGGCAAUUUGCCGCUCGCCAGCUUCCCUUGGGAGGCGGCGGGUAG